GAGGUAGCAGCGCGCGCGCGGAUGCGAGCCGAAGGAGAAGCGCAACUUUGUUUUAUUCCGUUUUAUUGCAUCGUCUGCAGAGUGUGUGAGUGUGUGUGUGUGAGUGAGUGAGUGAGUGUGUGUGUGUGUUUGUUUGUUUGUUUGUGUAUGUGUUUGUGUGUAAACCUCGGGCAGAAAAGUUUUUGAGAUUCCGACUUCAGAACUGAUAAAGAGCGAAACUUUGUGUUUUUAUUCUUAUUUAUUUCUUUCUUCCUGAUAAAAGUCAGGAUGUCUGUAAACGAUCAUCUCGAGGGGAUAUUGUCGGAUUUUGAGGCCUUGAAGAGAUCUUUUGACAUUGAUGAUGUGGAUGAGAUCCCGACAUUCUCUCCAGCCUCUACAGUCACAUCUCCUAUCAGCCCAAGCUCCAUCCUGAACAAAGCAAAUGAGGUGCGGAGUCCAGGUGGUCUCGUGUCGCCCACUUACCGCACGAGGAUCAGUCUCAGCUCCAGUCCUGUUCAAAGUCCACCCAUAAAGAACAGAAUGGUGUCUAGUCUGUCCUUUAACCGAGGCACCAUGGGAAAGCCUGCUAUCUCCUCUAACACUGGAAUCAAUCGUGCCUCCUCUUUUCAGAACAAAUUCAACCCAAAUGGCUUCAAUUCAUCAUCUGGGCCUGGUAGUGAUAAUGACAGUCUUCACAGUUCCUCUUCCAGUCUGGAGUACCAAGCCUCUUCCAAAAUGAGCUCUUACACAAGCCCUCCACAGAGCCCCAUGGGAGUCGGAGGUUACAAAGCCCAGCGUUUGGGCAGCCCUGCCUUGAAGAAGUUCUCCUCCCAUGGGAACAUGUUUCACUCAGAGCUGGAGGGUCCUUUGGUGAUUCCCACAGAGCCGUUAGGUAUCAGCCAUGGCUCCAUGCCGUCCUUGGACCUACAGAUGGCGGAGAGUGGAGGAGUGAGACGUGUGGUGUCCCCGGGUACAAGAUACCCCGGUUCUGCUGUUACCUGGAAUGCAUAUCGCCUUCAAAACAAUGGCAACAUUGGGAAAGAUUUACCCAUCAACCAGCAGGCCCCUAAAACCAAAGAACCAGCACGGCUCAACAAGUUCCCUCUUGAUCUGGACAACCUCGUGGUCAAAUCCCAGACAGAGGGACACGUGCCACCUAAACCUCCAGCAAGGUUUCAUCCAGUUUCCACCAGCCCGACUAUAUCUGAAAGCACCUCUGCUUCUGUCAGUAGCUUAGACAGCGCAGACCUACCAAUGGUUCUCCCCUCCGCUAUACAGAAACAGGAGCUGGACACCCCACCAGGAGCCAUCCCAGUGCCAAACAUAAGUGAGUCCCCUGUUCUGCUGUCCCCUGCUCAGACCCCACGCUUUAACCUGGCCUCUCAGCCUCAGAUGGUCCAAAUUGUUCCUGCGACAUCCUCUCAAGCCACACGGUCAAACAUCAGCAGUCCUGCACAAAUUGAGCCUCAGGCCAAAGACAGUGUGGGUUCCAUUCUCCAGAGGAUUGCUUCAUUCUCCAGAGUGGAGGUUAAAGCACCAAAACCACACCCAAGCUCUGGAACCCAUCUCAGCAAUGGUAUCAUGAGAGAGUCCCCACCAGGACAAUGCCAAGAACUCAAGAGAUCAGAAGAGAAGGUGCACGAGCUGGACUUGGAGCUGGAGCAGCCCGUCCGGAUGGAGGAGGAGAGGGAGGUGGAGCAGCAGGUGGAGGAGGAACAUGAUGUUAAGAAGGAGAGCUCGUGCCUUGUUGAGCCCAACACGCAGGGCAUCAUCAGGGGUGGCGACCUCUUCGGCUACGUGGGCAUCGAAGCCGUGCUGGAUCAGAUGAGACGCAAGACCAUGAAAUCGGCUUUUGAGUUUAACGUCAUGGUGGUUGGUCAAAGCGGCCUGGGAAAAUCCACGCUGGUCAACACACUGUUUAAAUCCAAGGUCAGCCGUAAGUCCUGCACUCCCAAUUACGAGGAGAAGAUCUCCAAGACCGUCCACCUGCAAUCAGUCAGCCACAUCAUCGAAGAGAAAGGUGUGAAGAUGAAUCUGACUGUUAUCGACACACCUGGAUUCGGAGACCAGAUCAACAACGAGAACUGCUGGGAGCCCAUCAUCACGUACGUCAACGAGCAGUACGAGAAAUAUCUGAAGGAGGAGCUGCACGUCAACAGGAAGCGAAGGAUCCCAGACACCCGUGUGCACUGCUGCGUCUACUUCCUGCCGGCCACGGGACAUCGGUUGCGUCCAAUUGAUGUGGAGUUUAUGAAGCGGCUGGGGAAGAUCGUCAGCAUCGUACCCGUGAUCGCCAAAGCCGACACGCUAACCAUGGACGAGAGGCUCGAGUUCAAGCAAAGGAUAAGACAGGAUCUUCAGACCCACGGCAUCCGAGUUUAUCCACAGAAGGAGUACGACGAGGACGCCGAAGACCGGAUACUCAACGACAAGAUCAGGGAAAACAUCCCGUUUGCGGUGGUGGGAACAGAUAAAGAGCACCAAGUGAAUGGCAACAAGGUGUUGGGCCGGAAAACCAAAUGGGGAAUUAUUGAAGUCGAAAAUGUUGAGCAUUGUGAAUUCGCCAAUUUGAGAGAUCUUCUAAUUAGGUCGCACCUUCAAGACCUGAAGGAUGUCACUCAUUAUAUCCACUACGAGACGUACCGAGUGCGACGGCUGAACGAGAACAACGCCAGCGGCCUCGUCCUCUCAGAGUUACCUCUGGAGAACGGUGCAGCGGAGAAGAACGAUGCCGAGAGCCAGCUUUAAACACACACACACACACACACACUUCGAUUCUGCGUUUAUGUGUGUGUCAGUGGGAUGAUGCCAAGAUGAUCGCCAGAACAUUUCUCUUCCAGAUGUGAAGACAUAAAAGACUUUUUAUGCAUUUAAACGUCAUAUAUGAGUCUAUUUUUUAAAGAGGAUUCUAUAUUAUGGGGUCGGGUUUUGGGGGGAAAUUAAAAGGAAAAAAAAAAAACCUGGGACAGAAAAUGAUGGGAGGAAGUACAAGAGAAGUGAAAAGCAAGUCAGCAAAGAGAGAAACAAGUCUUUCUUCAUGUUGAGCGAUUUUUUGUUUUGUUUUGUUUUUUUGAAAGAAAAGUAAAAAAGUUCGACAAACUAUUUUUGUUACUGCAUUCGCUUUAGAAAAAAGUGUCUUUUUUUUCUUACAAAGAGGCUGGAAUGGAAAAGGAAAGCAUCACCAAACGUUUUGAGCUGUUCAGUGUUUAUGUAUGUCACAACACAUUGAAUUUUCCAGGUUUUUAAUGACAAAAGAACAAAAAUUGAAGCGAGAUCAUCACAUAUCCGCCGAUGGUACACGUUUUUUUUUAUACUCACUCUCCGAAUUGUGAUUUUUUUUACUACAUGAAAGCUACUGUACAUACCCAUGAUGUGUUUUACAAACUCUUUGUUUUUCUUUAGUAAAAAUAAUAAUAAUUCCAUGUUUACUAACAGCUCUGUCAUGUCUUCAUUACAAAUAUUAAUAUUCAUGUUAAACACCAUUGAUGUAUGAUUAAAUGAUUGUCACGGUU